AAUCUUCUUUUAUCUUCAAUUUCUUCUCCAAGAUUUCCACAUUUCAUGGCGAAUAACGGCCUUAAGCUGACCUUCUUCUUCGUAUUCAUCAUAUCAUACGAAUAUUGGGUGAAUCAUGUGAACGUCGUCGAUUCUUCUGCUGCUUCCGACCAUCUUGUAAAAGAUGUUUUCAUACUCGCCGGUCAAAGCAACAUGGCCGGAAGGGGCGGGGUGAUUGACGGCUACUGGGACGGACUAAUCCCGCCGGAAGUCCAAACCAGGCCCGGAAAGAUUCUACGAUUGGGUGGUGAUCUGAGUUGGGAAGAUGCGACGGAACCGCUUCAUUCAGAUAUUGACGUCAACAAGACUUGUGGAGUUGGGCCAGGGAUGGCGUUUGCGAACGCGGUUUGGAGAGGUGAUCCACGGCGGGAUAGGGCGGUGGGAUUGGUGCCAUGUGCCAUCGGAGGGAGUGGUAUUCAAGAAUGGUCCCGUGGCGGUAGACUUUAUAAUGGGUUGGUAAGGAGGGCCGCCGUGGCGGUGGAAGGCGGUGGAGAGAUUCGGGCGGUGUUGUGGUUUCAAGGGGAGAGGGAUACAGUUAACAGAAGUGAUGCUGAAUCGUACAAGGAGAAAUUGCAGAGAUUAUUCAUGGAUUUAAGAGCUGAUCUCAAGUCUCCUUUGCUUCCCGUAAUCCAGGUUGCUCUAGCCUCGGGUGAAGGAGCUUAUGUAGAAAUGGUAAGAGAAGCUCAACAUGGAAUCGAGCUUCCAAAUGUAAUAACAGUAGAUGCAAAGGGACUUGAACUUCAACCAGAUGGGCUUCAUCUUAGUACUCAUGCCCAAGUGCGGGUUGGGGAGAUGUUGGCUCAUGCUAUUUUACAAUCCAAUUGUUUUUUAUAGGCUCACGGUGUAAUAUUGUUAUUGUUAUAUAAAACUUUGUAUACGUGAAUACUUUGUCUUUUCCUAAAAACUUGUAUAAAAUAUUAUAUUAAAAGCAACA